GAUGGGUUCAAGGUCGAAGUGGAAUUACAUCAAGGAUCAGCACUGAGCCCUUUCUUGUUUGCAAUGGUGAUGGACAGGUUGACGGACGAGAUCAGCCAGAAAUGGACCAGAUGACGGGCAGUGCAGGCAAUAACACAAGUCAUUGUCCAUCCAUCGAUGACUUCCGCAACCAGGUUUACUCUACUGCCUACUCCAUCAUCACGGUAUUUGGCCUGAUGGGGAAUGGCUUUGCCUUGGUGGUGCUGAUCAGGACCUUCCGCCAAAGUUCCCCUUUCCACGUCUACAUGUUGAACCUGGCUGUAUCUGAUAUUCUGUGUGUCAGCACGCUGCCCCUUCGUAUCCUCUACUAUGUCAACAAAGGCCAGUGGGACUUGGGAGACUUCCUCUGUCGCAUAAGCGCCUUUGCCUUAUAUGUAAACCUCUACUGUAGCAUUUUUUUCAUGGCUGCCAUGUCAGUCACACGUUUCCUGGCCAUCGUGUUCCCUGUACAGAAUUUACGACUAACAACGAUUUGCCGUGCACGCCUGGUGUGUGUAUGUAUCUGGAUGUUUGUCUGUAUUGCAUCCUCGCCUUUUCUGCUGACUGGCCAGCAUAUUGACCGCAAAACGGGGAAAACCAAGUGCUUUGAGCCCCCAAGUGGUCCCAACUUAAAAAAUCUCCUCAUUCUCAACUACCUGGCUUUUGUGUUGGGUUUUGCCCUCCCCUUCCUGAUUAUCCUAAUCUGCUAUGUUGGCAUCAUCCGCACCUUAUUGUCCCGCAACCAUAGUGCCAGGCGCAACCGGGCCAAUGACACCAAGGCCAUCCGCAUGAUUGUCAUUGUCAUGCUGGCCUUCCUCAUCAGCUUCAUGCCGUACCACGUGCAGCGCAGCAUCCACCUCAGCUUCUUGUUCCAGAAAGGCAAAACCUGUGAAGAGCAGGUAGCCAUGCAGAAGUUUGUGGUAGUGACACUGUGCCUGGCUGCCUCCAAUUCAUGCUUUGAUCCACUGCUCUAUUUCUUCUCUGGGGAAGGAUUUCGCACCCGACUGAUGACCCUGCACAAAUCAACAAAGGUCAGGGGCCUGCAACAGUCUGCCAAGUUUAACACCGCUGCUGAGCCAGGCUCAAGGAAAACCAAAGAGUUAAUGUGAUGGGCGGUGGCUUGUUUUUAAUGGGCAUCAGACUGCCUAGCCCGAGUAAAUAUUGAAAGAUGAUUUCUGCCGUCACCAGUAAAGAAAAUAGCGAGAGUGAGGGAGAAAUGCUGGAUGGAAGGAAAGGAAUGGAUGGAGGGGCAUGUAGGCUACUCGUGUAUUUCUAUGGAACACUGUAACAUAAAACAGAUUACGCUAUUCAAUAACAUAGGCAUAUACACUAUAUGUACAAAAGUAUUGGGACACCUGGCCAUUACACCUACAGGAGCUUUUAUGACAUUCCAUUCUAAAUCCAUAGGCAUUAAUAUGGAGUUGGUAGAAUCGUCCAAAAUGUCUUGGUAUGCUGAAUCAUUAAGAAUAUCUAGCAGGGAAGAAAUUUCACGAACUGACUUAUUGCAAAGGUGGCAUCCUAUGACAGUACCACAUUUGAAUUCACCGAGCUCUUCGGAACGACCCAUUCUUUCACAAAUGUUUGUAAAUGCAGACUGCAUGGCUAGCUGCUUGAUUUUAUACACCUGUGGCAAUGGGUCUCAAUGAAACACCUGAAUUCAAUGAUUAAGAGGUGUGUCCCAACACUUUUGUCCAUAUAGUGUAUAUUGCUGAAUAUGUACUCAAUCUUGUAUAUUACAUAAUAUAGAAUAGAAUAGAAAAAUAGACUACUAUUUAGUAGUCAUUUUAUACAUACAUACAAAGGAAAUCUUACCUGGAUUAUUGAGCAUCAAGACAUACAAAUGAAAUGUACUCUCUGCGUUUAACCCAUCCUAGCUGUGUAGCAGUGGGUAGUCACUGUGCAGCACCCGGGGACCAACUCCAGUUAUUUCUUCCCAUUGCCUUGGUCAGGGGCACAGACAGGAGUAUUAACCCUAACAUGCAUGUCUUUUUGAUGGUGGGAGGAAACCAGAGCGCCCGGAGGAAACCCACACAGACACGGGGAGAACAUGCAAGCACCACACAGAAAGGCCCUGGGACGGCCUGGGGUUCGGAUCCAGGACCUUCUUGCUGUGAGGCAACAGUGCUAACCACUGGGCCAGCAUGCCGCCCAGGGAACCCUGGGAAUAAGGAUUUUGUGUAGAUAGGAAAAAGAUAUAUACAAUGCGUUUUGAAAAUGGCACCGUCCGUCCAAAGACAAAUGACAGUUUGUAAUGUGUGUAAAUGUAUUGGAGCUUAUGUAGCUCGGCAAGUCUUUUAAUCUGAGUUAAAAUUUGAAUGUAAUGCUCAGCAUCGCAUAGUCACAUCGAGGAUUUCACUGAGGUGACACCUCUGGAGUUAUUUACAAGUUUUGAUAGAAUCUACAUCAUACAACACACUGCUGUUAUAUUUUAAUGCAUGGGGUUUUGGGGACUCAUAAUUAAAGUUUCCUCAGUC